UCCUCAUCACUGCUCCUCAUUUUGCGACCUAUAUACAGCUCCCAUUACAGCUCCUAUUGACUGUAUCGCCUCCUCCUCACUCCCGUGCGUGAGCCUGUCUCGCACCAAGUAAAUAUCGGUUGAAACCACUCUCUCCAUGGCUCGCACAUUCCUCAUCUGCCUGGUGAUCGCCCUCCUCGUCGCACCAUCUGUCUUCGCCCGCACACAUUCCGGAGGCGCUGGCCACCAUACCCGCAACGGCACGCGCGGAGGGCACCACAAGAGCGGCGGGCACAACAAGAGCAGCGGAGGGAGCGCUUCUGGGCUGACCAGCAGCAAGGGCGUCACGGCAGGAAUCAAGGGCAAGGGCGUCACGCAAAAGAAGAGCUGCGUCAAGUCGUCGCUGGGAUACAAGGCGGCAACCGAGCUUGGAAAGGGGCUGCUUUUCCACUGGACGAUCUCCGGCUCGACCCUUAACGGCGCCAUCGAGGCGAAAUCCACCAGCGGUGCCGACAAGGGCUACCUCUCCGUUGGUUUCCCCUCGAAGGACGGGUUGAUGUCUCCCUCCGACGCGGUAGUCGGCAUUAAGGGCGGCUCCGUUACAACGUAUAAGCUGACCUCGUACACCGCGUACACGUCCAGCAAGCUGACUGUCUCGUCGUCCAGUAUUAGUACCAUCGCCGGCAGCCUUGUUUUGAAGUUCUCUCGGCCGGCCAAGGGAGGCGUGAAAUCCCUCAACCUGGCCGGCAAGAACAGCAUCAUCUGGGCGUUCAGCAAGAAAACGAAAUUCGGAACCCACCUGCCGACCGACCGCGGCUCCAAGUCCGUGGACCUUUCCUGCGUCUUCUGAGAAGGUUUUUCCAGCAUGAGUCUUCGUGCCAAACUAGUUUGUGGUCCACAUGUGUGGACGAAGGUGUAGCUAGCGUAUGUGUUCACUGUAGGAGAGUUGAUUUGGAUUGCAUGACGAUGGGUAGUUCCCAUCAGAGCCAUUCUACACAUCCCCCAAAUUGACGCUUUGUCGAGGCUGAUAUUUCUAUGCUGGUUGUGUAUCGCGUGAUUACAUACAAAAU